AUGCUCUCUGCGUCCUCCCAUUACAGCCUCACCGAAGUCCGCUUAGAAUUUCUCAUGUCGUUUCCCGACGUCGUUGUGGCCGGUGACGAGAUACUGCUACUAGCUCCUCGAGGCUUCAGCUUCAGCGAGAUUCACGGCAAGGAGGAGUGUAGGGAUUAUGCAUUGAUAUCACAUGAAGGAGUAUCACCAUCUACAGCCCUGGAUCGGAGUCCUCCUGUAUGCUCUGCUAAUGUGAUUUCGUGGACUAAUCUGGAGGGAGCCUUGUUCGCUUCGGUUUUCUAUCGGAAGCUCUUGCGUGACGAACUCCUCUACAGAGGAUCAGUGGUCGGUUUUAACGACUGCAACGGCGAUGAGAAUGUCGCUACGCUCACUACAGCAACGAAUGUAUUGAAUGCAGGUCAAACGAUUAUCGAUAUGGUGUGUGUGAAUCCUGAUGCUACACCGAUUCACAAUUCCUGCCGACUAGCUCUCUAUCUCGACUCUAACAUUUCCCAUUACUGCUACAUUCAGAUCAUCGAGGAUGGGUAUGAAAUCAAAGCGAUGGAGGCACAUGUCGGUCUGUUGACGCCUCCUCAAUGCGAGGAACAGAUCGACACUGCGGGGUCAGCCAUCAAGCUUCAGUUUUCUGAGAUGCCCAUCGAUCAAGGGAUAGGCUUCACUGUGGCUAUUGAGAUCGUCAACCCCGGUGCUCCUCUCACACCAGACCCUGAUACUGGCAUCAGCAACAUCAUCGACGCUAAUAUGGCGGUCCCAGGCACGGAUCUGACCAACGUCCCAAUCAUUGGUUCCGCCCUAGCAUGGGAUGCUGUAGAAGCUCAGAGCAUCUCGAAAGUUCAAAUAGUCCUAAAGGUUAGCCAAGAUAUGCAACCUGAAGAGGUGCUCGAAAUACAUGUCGAGGCGCCCCACGACGUGGCAAUGACCGCUCCAUCCAACGUCGUAUUGUCCGACAACAUCCCCGUAUCGGAUGUGGCUCCGGUAUCAGUAGCCGGAAAUCGCCUCAUUAUUCGUCUUAUGAGAGCAUCACUGAGUCUAGGACAAGUAACAGAAGUUGAAGGUCUCCGCGAGGGAACGGUGAUCAUUGAUUUCUCGGUGAAAAAUCCAUUACAGCUGCCGAACGCGAACUUCUGGGUUGUUAAAAUGCUAGGCGAGGAUUGGCUUUUGGUACCAAUUUCAGCACGUUUUUGA